AUGGAAGAAUUAAUUAACAAGAAUAACAAACUGAUUAAAGAAGUAGUAGAAACACUUCCAAACAUUCAACAAUCAAUUGAUGAUACUACUAAGAAUUAUCAAUAUUAUAUAGGAAGUAUUAAAAAUGAAGUAUUUGAAAUAAAAGAUAAUGAAACAUAUUCAGAAGCAAUUAAAAGAGGAGAAGGAAUAUUUGAUAGGAUUGAUGAAACAGAAAGAAGAAGAAAAAUAGUGAUAGAAAAAAGUCAAGAAACAAUCAAUCAAAUAGAAAUAAUGAAGAAUAAAAUGUCAAGAAUCAUAGAAGAAUGUAAUAAUGAUGAAGAAACACUAAGUAAAACACGGAAUGAAUUAAUAGAUAAAAUCAUUUCAAUUGAAGAAAUGAUAAUGAAAGACAAAUUAUUCAGAAAACCAAAAGAAACAGAUACAAUAACAUCAGAAUUUAAUAAGAAGAAAGAAGAAUGGGAAAAGCAAUACAGUGAUUAUUUCUCAAGGAAGAAGAGAGAAGAAGAGGAAGCAAAAGAAAGAAAGAAACAAGAAGAGGAGAGAGAUUGA